GAACGAUGACAUCGUGGUGGCUGUGAUACCUGGCUUCCAUUUCUUGUUCCAGCUCGUGCUGGAUCCUUUUUUCUUCCUUACCUUCAUUCUGUUGAACUGCAUAGACCGAAUCACGAUUCCGGCAGAAAAACUGAGUUUAUUGAAGUGUGCAAUGAGGAUAUGGGAUUAGGUCUUCGCCAAAAUCCAACGACUACUUCAAUUACUUCAGGGCCGACGACAACUGACACAGUCUCUUCAAGUACAACCGCCACUCCGGACUCUUCUUCCUCUCAAUUAGAAGCAGCACCGACCAGCACUUCAGAUUCGGCAUCGGAGGCUUCUACUUCGGUGACCAGCACGGUGGAGUCUUCAACUUCGACAGAAAUUAGCACGUCGGAUAUUUCAACUUCAGCAGUGACUAGCACCUCGGAGUCUCUCGCUUCCACAGCGACCACGGUGACUAGCUCUUCAGACACCCUUACCUCGACUCCGACUCCUACUCCGACCUCGACUUCGACUGUUUCCUCGAUGUCCAGUACGCAGUCUGAUACAAGUUCUGGCACCAGCCAAGACACCAGUUCAUCCACAGCCACCUCUAUAUCGAGUAGUACCACGACUGACAGCAGUACUACAGAUUCAACCUCUACCACCUCUACCACCUCCUCAUCAACCUCCACUUCUAGCUCGACGUCCACUACGAGCACUUCCACUACUUCCACUUCUACAACCACAACUUCUACAACGUCUACAUCUACAUCUUCCUCCACGUCUUCAACAUCGUCCACCACCUCGACAACCCCAUCAACCUCAUUAACAUCGACUUCAACGGAGGAUACCACAACAACCGCCUCAACUCCUGCACAACCUGCGCCCACAACGACCUUUUCAACUACGGUAUUCGUUACAACCACAGAUUCCUCUGGUCGUACAACAACAUCCGCCCCGUCCCAAGUCACACUCACUUCCACCUCCACCUCGAACGGAGCUAUCGUCACUAUCACGGCUAUUGGGGCCAAUCCAACCUUAGGCUCUUCUUCAGAUAGCGGGAAGAACAACUCGUAAGUGUUAUAUGAAACAUGGCUCUUCCGUUCCUCUUUUUGGUAUCAACGAGACUUCGGCCACCUCGCAUUCGGUGUUCGUCCUACUCCGUCGAACUAUGCUUUAUCUGCGGCCUAUUCUUUGCGGUAUUCUGUUCCCGCGCCGCAUAAUUGUGCGCUGCGUUUAAUACUAGCUGACGGGCUUCUUUCGCCUCUGAUUCCCAGCCUCUCAUUUGUGGCCGGAUAUCGCGCUGUCUAGCCCAGUGGAGCUGCGCCCGUCAAACGAGGCCAUGCUUUCCAAGUCCUUCUAUCUUCUUCUUAUCUUAUCUACGCGAUAUGU